AAAUUUUAGGGUUGCUUCGCCACAGAAAACAGCCACCGUCCUUUAGAAUCAGGCGCGUAACAGAGACAACCCCGCGAAAACUCAAGAUUCCCACGGCCUGCGCACCGCAUCUCGCCCGGAAUAGCCUCCGAUAGGCUGCGAGCUCUUUUUUUUUUUUGCCUUAAGGCUGAGUCGUUCUGAUUGGAUGGAAUGCCGUCGUUCGGGCCGCCGGAGAAAAGGAGUCUCCUUGCCGCGCGCAGCCAAGAGAGUCGCGCUUGUUAAGUGCAGCUUGGAGUUCCUCUUCUUUCCUGAGAUUGGCGCCGGUGGAGAAGGUAGGAAUGGAGCGUGGAGGAGGAGCUAGAGCUCCAGCCCACGCCACUCCAUCUGCGGCGCUGGGAAGAGCUACUCGGCGUCAGUCUCCUACGGUACUGCCCCUCGCUCGGAGCACGAUGUCUGGGAUCGUGCAGUGAAACCGGAGCUUUUGCGCUCCUAUCCGGCAGGAUGUGCUGGGGUUUCAAAUCGAAGAGCUGCCUUGGAAAGAAGGAUAAACAGCAAAUUGCAGGCAGCCACCGAAAGUGAAAAUGAAAAUGCCAUGAUAGAUCAUCUGGACUCCCAGUCACCUGAAGCAGAGCAUGCUGGGACUGGAAUGGCAUCAAUGGAGCAGAACAUGACAUCAGCGACAGUUUCGGUGUGGACAGAUGAGUCUGGGCUUGAUAACCCUGCUUUUGAGGAGAACAUAGGAACUGAGACAAUCCAUCAGCCAUCAAGUUUACCGGAAGGUGAGAUCACCACCAUUGAAAUUCAUCGAUCCAAUCCUUACAUUGAAUUGGGAAUUAGCAUAGUGGGUGGCAAUGAAACACCUUUGAUCAACAUUGUUAUUCAAGAGGUUUAUCGUGACGGGAUCAUUGCCAGAGAUGGAAGGCUCCUUGCUGGAGAUCAAAUACUGCAGGUGAAUAACUUUGACAUCAGUAACGUGUCUCACAACCAUGCCAGGGCCAUCCUUUCCCAGCCCUGUACAUCGCUGCAUCUCACGGUCCUCCGAGAGAGACGAUUUGUAAGCCGAACACACAAUCAUAGUGAUAGCCCUCCCCAGCGAGACGAUAGCUUCCAUCUGACCUUGCACAAGCGAGACUCCAGUGAACAGCUUGGCAUUAAGCUGGUGCGCAGGACAGAUGAGCCAGGAGUAUUUAUUCUUGACCUUCUGGAAGGGGGGUUGGCUGCUCAGGAUGGCCGACUCUGUAGCAAUGACAAGGUGUUGGCUAUCAAUGGGCAUGACCUGAAGCACGGCACACCUGAACUGGCUGCUCAUAUUAUUCAGGCCAGUGGCGAGAGGGUGAACUUAACCAUUUCAAGGCCUACAAAGUCCCAAAUUAUAAGCAUUCUCAGAGAUGGGGGAACACAUCUCACCAGCCAUCAUCAAUCCUAUCAACUGUAUCACAGCAACAGGCCAAGCCCACAUAAAGACCUCUCACAAUGUGUGACUUGUCAAGAGAAGCACAUCACAGUGAAGAAAGAGCCCCAUGAGUCCCUUGGCAUGACAGUAGCAGGAGGUCGAGGCAGCAAAAGUGGGGAAUUGCCAAUAUUUGUUACAAGUGUACAACCUCACGGCUGUCUUGCAAGAGAUGGCAGGAUCAAAAGAGGUGAUGUGUUGAUGAAUAUUAAUGGCAUUGAUCUGACCAAUCUGAGUCACAGUGAGGCUGUGGCUAUGCUCAAAGCCAGUGCUGCUUCCUCGGUCGUUGCUCUGAAGGCUCUAGAGGUCCAGAUUGCAGAAGAACAGCCCCAAGCAAAUGAUGAGCAGCCGAGCACCAUUAGUGAGAAUGAAUAUGAUGCUAGCUGGUCGCCAUCUUGGGUCAUGUGGUUAGGACUUCCAAGCUGCCUACACAGUUACCAUGAUGUUGUAUUAAGAAGGAGCAAUCUAGCCAGCUGGGGAUUUAGCAUUGUUGGUGGCUACGAGGAAAAUCACACAAACCAGCCUUUUUUCAUUAAAACAAUUGUUCUAGGAACACCAGCAUAUUUUGAUGGAAGACUCAAAUGUGGUGAUAUGAUUGUUGCUGUCAAUGGACUUUCAACCAUGGGUAUGAGCCAUUCAGCGCUGGUUCCUAUGUUGAAGGAACAAAGAAAUAAAGUAACAUUGACUGUUAUCUGCUGGCCAGGAAGUCUUGUAUAACAUGCAAAGAACAUAUAUACAUUGGUUGAAGCAGCUUUUUUUUUUUUAAUAGCUGGCUCGACUUUUUCAGGCAAAGCUGUUUUUUUUCCCUUCUUUUCUACUAAUGCAGCUGGUAAUAAGCUGGGCCAAAAAUCGCUACCUUCAUAUCUGACAAAUAUGUGUGAACAGGAUGUGUGUGGGAAAGGAAGAUUUUUAACUGUACUGUGUUGUUCUUCCCAUCCUAAAGUAGCCGUUUCUAUCAAGUUUUCUUUAUUAUUAUUUUAUUUUCCAUCAUUAUGUCAUUGCAGUAUCCAUGUGCAUACACUUCAGUUUCUUGGUUGGCUUAAGGAGGUCAACUAUUCCAGUAAUUGUAGUGGGGGCAGGAUUGUACCUAGCCUAGGUGCCAACAUGCUGGCAUGUUAGCUAUCUGCUAGAUUGAUCUCUGCAUUGUUAAAUACUGAUGUAUAACCUAAAGACAGUAGGUUAACAAUUGACAUGUAAAGCCUCCUACACAAGAGAUGGUUAUUUUGUAAGGUGCUUUCUAUUUAAGUUUUCAGCUUUGUUCACGGAAGGCACAUCUGAAACCAUCUUUUUCAAUUGUUAAAAUGUGUUGCUGCAUUAACAUUUAGUAGAUUAACUUCUACAUAUUUUUACUACAUUUCAGUAUGAUUCUGUUUAUAUGAGAGCCUGAGCAAUUCUUUGUGCUAUGGCUGCCACAUAGAAGCUGCAGGAAGUAGCUCCAUGUAGCACAUGCUCCAUGUAAUAAUCUUAACCCAUAAGAAGGCCCACUGCCCCAAGGAUACAGUUGGUAUUCUAAUUCUAUCAUCAAAUGCAUUGGAGAGCAGGGAGUGGUGGAAAGAAAGAAAAUGGUUAUUGGCCAUUGUCCAACAAAAGUAUUUAUGGCAUCAUAAUUAUAGUGUACCAAUUUGUCCCUGGCUACAUGUAAUCAGCAAGCUCAUGUUUCAUGUGAAGCAUGGCAGUAGCUUGUAAGAAUCCCCUCCACGUGAUUCCCUUGUAGCAUAAAUAGUUGCCCGAAGGCUGAAACUGCAUCAGUAUUAUUAUCUAAGGCAUGCACUGAUGCAUGACCAACCUAUGAAAGCAGCAUCAGAUGCAGAGCAGUGCACAUUCUAUUGCAUAUUAUGUGCUUUUUACAAGCAGGUAUCUUUUGUGAUAAUUCCAAAUCCUGUAAUCUAAAUAAAUUAUGAGAACUUGCCA